AUGCCGAGGCACUACAUGUGCGGUACGCGAAACCCAAAGGACUCUAUAGCGUCCACCUGGCGGCAGAAAGACCACUCUGAAUGGAACAUUGUUCAUUGGCUUUACGAGAUCUUCCGCCUCCAUCAUGUCGACCUCGGAAAGGAAGUGCCUGUACACCCCAAGACCGACAAGGUGCCGUACAUGAGCGACUGGCAUCAGCACCGUUGGAUCCUUGCGCAUGCCUUUGCGCCGAUUUUGCUACACCACCUGUAUUCCGUCUAUACGGGUCACAAUUUGAACGCCUGGCAGGCAAUGGUGUUUUACAGCCUCGCCUUCAAGCUGAACGCUAUCCGCGAGCUGCAUAUUCUGCGUCACAUCGGCGGGCAGAUUGGCUUUCUCGACGGUGACGUCCAUGAGCGCGACGGUGUGCCCGACAACAGUGUCUUCAAAGUGUUUCGAUCGCUCGUGUCGACGUCCACUGUCCGGCCAGUCUUCACAGUCUUCUUGGCCUACCGUGUGAGCCAAGCUCCAGCAUCGAUACAGCUAUACAUGUUACCCCUCGAGACCGGUCUUUAUGCGAUCAUCCUCGACUUUUGGUUCUACUGGUACCACCGACUGAUGCACGACGUGGACGGGCUCUGGCAGUACCAUCGCACUCAUCACUUGACCAAGCACCCGAAUCCGCUUCUCACGUUGUUUGCGGAUACGGAGCAGGAAAUCUUCGACAUUGCUGGUAUCCCAUUGCUGACCUACUUUACCAUGAAGUUGAUGGGGUUUCCGAUGGGAUUCUACGAGUGGUGGGUAUGUCACCAAUACAUUGUCUGGGCCGAGUUAGCUGGUCACAGUGGUCUUCGGAUGGCUGCCACACCACCGAAUCCGUUCAACUGGCUGCUGCGCAUAUUCUCAGCGGAGCUCAUCAUCGAAGACCACGAUCUGCAUCACCGCAAGGGAUGGAAGUCCAGCGCCAACUACGGCAAGCAGACCAGAUUAUGGGACCGUGUUUUUGGAACAUGCCGUGACCGCGUCGAGUGUUACGCCGAGAAUAUUGAAUGGAAUACACAAGUUUCAGUGCCCAUUUUUUAG